UGAUGGGACCAGUUUGGUUAGCUCCUCCCUCCCUCCCUCCUUCCCUCCCUCUUUUUCUCUUUUUGUCUCCUGCACUCCGAACUGUCCUCAAACUUUUAGCACCCCAUCUCUUCUUCCCACCCUCCCCACACUCUUUCUCUCUCCUGUAUGUGUUAUUUCCCGCGACCUUGACCUCUCCCGGACCGCUGGAAAAUGUGAUUGGAAGGCAAGAGAGAGGUAGCGGUUGUCGGGCUCAGGCACCAUGAAUGUGUGUAACAGUACUGAUUUGCCGGAGCUCGAGAUCAUCAGCUUAUUGGAAGAGCAACUGCCAGUGUACAAGCUGAGGGCUGACACCAUCUUCGGUUAUGACCAAGAUGAUUGGCUGCACACUCCACUCUUGGCCCCUGAUGCUGCCAUCGACCUGACUACUGAACAGAUUGAGGAGACCCUCAAAUACUUCUUGUUGUGCGCUGACAGAGUGGGCCAGAUGACGAAGACCUACAGCGACAUUGACGCUGUCACUCGACUGCUGGAAGAGAAAGAGCGUGACUUGGAAUUAGCAGCUCGCAUUGGGCAGUCGCUGCUGAAGAAAAACAAAGCUCUCAGCGAGAGGAAUGAACUGCUGGAGGAGCAAGUGGAGCACAUACGAGAGGAGGUGUCUCAGCUGCGUCAUGACCUGUCCAUGAAAGAUGAGCUGUUACAGUUCUACACCAAUGCAGCCGAAGAAAGUGAAGGCGAGUCCGUUACCUCUACACCUGUCCGUCCCAGUGAACCAAGUGUGUCAUCUCCAAACUUUUUCCCCAUCGAGUCUUUGCAGAAGAAACUCAAAGAUUUGGAGGAAGAAAACAAAUCAUUGCGGUCUGAGGCAAGUCAUUUGGAGACAGAAACUAUCUGCUAUGAGGAAAAAGAACAGCAACUUGUCAAUGACUGUGUCAAAGAACUACGCGAUGCCAACAUGCAGAUUUCCUCUCUGGCUGAAGAGCUGGCCAGGAAGACUGAAGAUGCCUCCAGACAGCAGGAGGAAAUCACACACCUCCUCUCCCAGAUAGUCGACCUCCAGAAGAAGGCCAAGCUCUAUGCUUUGGAAAAUGAGGAGCUGACUCAGCACUUAGGUGCAGCCAAAGACGCCCAGCGACAACUCACUGCUGAGUUGCAGGAGUUGCAAGACAAGUAUGCAGAGUGUAUGGAGAUGCUCCAUGAAGCUCAGGAGGAACUGAAGAACUUGAGAAAUAAAACUCUCCCACUCAGCACACCGAGGCGUUUCCAUUCCCUGGGUUUGUUCCCGAUGGACUCACUGGCAGCAGAAAUAGAGGGCACCAUGAGGAAGGAACUCCAAAUGGAUGAUCCAGACGUAGAAGAGCAGAGACUGCAUCCAAAGCGGGUGUUCCAGACAGUGAAAAACCUCAAUCUGAUGCGUCAGCAGCGUUCUUCCGUAGCCCCCUCCCCUCUCAAUAUCCCAGGCUCCAAUCAGACUUCAUGCUUCACCUCGGGGCGUUCCAGCAGGGUGGGCACGCCACGCUCCAACUCCAUUUAUGGUAGUGAGACGGGAAGUGGGAUCUACCUGGACAACAGGACUAGCAGUAUCCUGGAGAAUCCUGAUGACUGGUCAGAGGACUCUAACAAGCGCCCCCCUGGUACCCCUGGGACUCCGGGCAGCAGGGACUUGGAGGCAGCCUUGCGCCGCCUGUCACUCCGCCGGGACAACUACCUCUCAGAAAAACGCUUCUUUGAGGAGGAGAGGGAGCGAAAGCUGGCUUACCUGGCCAAAGAGGAGGAAAAAGGAGGCCCAGGAACCCCAACAGAAAGUUUGUUCUCGCUGUGCUCGCAUUCCUCAGUUGGAAGCAUCUGGUCUGGAUACUCAUUCACACCAAGGUCCUACCUGCCGGAGAAGCUGCAGAUUGUAAAGCCGCUAGAAGGCUCUGCUACACUCCACGCAUGGCAGCAGCUGGCUCAGCCUCACAUGGGCGCUCUGCUGGAUCACCGGCCCGGCGUGGUCACAAAGGGCUUUCGCACUUUAGCGCACGAACAGGAACAGGAGGACAGCUGGCAACUGGACCAGCCAGAGGAGGACGAAGUAUCGUGUGACUCAUUUACAGGAGAGAGCCCUGCUGCCACAGAUCUGCCUCGCUCUACCUCUACUCCCUCAGUCUGCUGCAAGAAAAAUGGUGACGCUGAUGAAAACAGCCGGUCAGACACACUGAAUGGAACAAUCUGUGGGGCAGGGGAUGUAGUCCAAGGAAAAGAUGGACAUGUUGCAAGCAUGCCCUUUCCUCUCUCCAACCCUUCCCCAUGUUCCCCUCUCCUUUCUUCUUCCGAUAUCAACGGGCACGUGGACCUCAAAGAGCGCCAAGCCUUACAGCCCAACACUGUGGACCGCAUGCCUGUUCAUUUCCCAGGGAAGUGUAUGUCCCACACCAGCUCCACAUACACAUUCACCACCUGCAGGAUUCUCCACCCCUCUGAUCAGCUGACCUCUGUAUCCCCCAGCCCAGCCAUGGCUGCUUGUCAGAGCAGUGCUUGCGCUGGCACACCUGCCCUUACUGCCUCCCCUGUACCGUUCUCAGCCCCACCCACUCCUUCCUACACUCCCUGCUGCACUCCUCGCCGCCUUUCCCUCUCCCACGCCGAGUCCUCCACCAACCUUAGGGACUCCACUAAGACCACCAGCACCUCUCUAGGCCUGGUGCGCCUCCUGCUGGAGAAUGGGAUUUCUGCCUCAGUGUACAACCCAUGCAGCUGGGACCGAGGGCUGGAUGCUUCAGCAAUCUUGGGAGGGGCGCAGAGGUGCACGGACAGACUGGAACAGUCGGGAAAACGUCCAGACACCCUUCUCCUCCAGCCUUCCACCCCACCCAGCUCACCUCACUCCAAAUCAGCUUCUUUAGCCACUACGGGUCCCGUGUUUCAGUUUAGCCCUUCCAGUGACACCUCAUCGUAUUAUGAUACCUUCCUCGCUUCUAAGCCGGCUCGUACCAUUUUGAGGGAAGUGCUGGGGGAGGCAGAAAGAGAGAUGGGGGCCCAGGCAGAUGAUGACAGCCAAACAGAGAUGACAAACCUGCGACUUGUGGACAAACUGAAAAGUUUCCGUACCCUAUCCCCUCUUUCUGCUUCAGCUUCAUCUGGAAGUACUCUGUUAGGUCCUUUUGGUUCUACUGGACUGGGGAACAACACGCUCGGUGGAGGACUUACAGGACUGAGGAGGAAUCGAAGCUAUCCCGCCAUGGUGGGGGCCAGUAUGGUGAUGAAAGACCCAGGAGUUCCCCCCAGCACAGAGAUACUCAUACCACAUACGAUGCAAACCUCACAUACACAACUCACAGCGCACACACAGGAAAUGGGCAAAGUGCAACCAAACAAGACGCUGGUCACAAAGGGCGUGCACGUACCGCAAACUCUAAAUGCAUUGGAAAUGGUCACACCGCAGACAAUAAUACAGAGACACACCAGGCCAAACGGUGAUUUGGGGGAUUCAACCAGACACGACAAACACAACGAUGAUGAAACUGGGACAUAAUAGAAGUAAGAUCAUAUUAUAACACAAAGUCUCACAUAUUUUACAAUACAAUACUUAUGACAUGACCACACGUGUACACAUACAUUCAUUUACAAAACCAAAUAGCAUCAGCAACUACACUGCUAGCAUCUCUCCAGAUGAAAAAAGGUAAAACCAGAUGAGCGACGCAGCCCACCUACACAUUCACUAACACAGUUAUUCAUCUUUCUAAAGAGUCGUGAUCAGUGAGGACCGAAUGAAUGAAAUGGUGGGAUGGAGAUGGUGGCUGCAACUGUUACACUGUGUUAUACUCAUAUUCUGUCAGGCUAGAGUGAUGAUGUUGCCUUCCUGUCUGUCAUAAUUGCACAGCAUAUUGUAUAUGCAGUAUACUGUGUUAUAUAGUAUAAUAUUAAAGGCCCAAUCUGGUGUACAUGCCCCACCACCACCUGUUUUUUGUUUUUUUUUUUAACAGAAAAAUGCAACAAUUUUAAAUAUGCUCUUUUGUCUUGAUUAUUUAUGCAGAAACUGGGGUGAUGCAGUAUAUUUCAGUAGUACACAAUCAGUGCAUUCACACCACCAGAUGUCACCUUUACUUUAAGAUUAAAUCUGGUGUAUUGUGGCUCUUUUGCCGGCCGUUAUUUAUCAAUGCAAAAAUUUUAUACAAAUACAAAAAAAGCAUUUUCCCCCCAUUAACAACCUUCAUAUAUGUAAAUCUGCUGACUACAAGAUACUCCUCCAGUUUUUGGCUUUGCUUUCCAACUGUUGAGUUGAUCAUUGUGCAGCCAAGGAGAUAACAAUAUUGUGUGCACAAAAAUUACCAUUUUAUCGUUGUCGUGUCAGCCCAGUGUUGCCAAAGACUUAAUGUCACCGUCAGCCAAAGCAAAACCAGAAAAUCUUGAUCCUACAACUUUUUUUUUUCUUACAGUUGGAAGGAAAAGUUUUGAAUAACUGGGAUUUCUGCAGUGACCACUCGUUAAAUUGAAUCUGAUCUAUAUUUAAGUCUCACAUAGAGAAACACAAUCUGACUAAACUAACACACAAACAGUUGUUCUUUUAAUGUCUUUGUUAAACACAUUUAAUCGUGUUUGUCUAGAAUUGUGACAGAUGUAGUUCAGGCUGCAUUUUCUGAAUAUUGCUCCCAUGUUUUUCUUGCAACUGCGUAUUUGGACUUUUUUUCUUGUGUACAUGUUGCAAUGGACUGGAGUCAGUUUAAAGCUAUGCUACGUACACUGGCAAUGGCCAGGAACCCCUUUUUGUAAUUUAUACUUUAAAAAAUAAUCCAGAUUGGGGCUUUAUGUCCUCUUGCUGUGACUGAAUUUUUCUUAUGUGCCUAAAACCAAACAUACUGUAUGUCAGUGGAAUAUGGAUUUGCAUUUGUUUCAGUUGAUUACUUCAUAGUUUAUGUUGCCUUUUAUUAUUAUGAUAUGCAUAAGAGGAGGGUACAUAAUUGUGCAGAUUUGUAACUGUUUUGCAUCUGAACCUGCCUAUGCCAAUAGGAGAUGUUUGUAGCCCUCUGUUUUUGUCAUAUUAAGAGGUUUUGGACACUGCAGGGAACAUGUGGUACAUACACUGAGGGGAAUACAGACAAGGUCUAGCUACUGUUAAAGCACUGUGACUACAAACCUGCAGAGAACGUAUGAACCUUAGAUUUUUUUUUUUCCCCCUAAUUUUGGCUCACCUCUGUUUUCAUAUUCGUGAGUCAGCUUGAGGGCGACAGUGAAUGUUGGGUGGAUUCAUUGAGAUUCUGAUGCAUGACAUGGGCACUAACAUUUUAAGCCCAGCAAAAUCCAGAUGGAAGCUGCAACACUGCAAAACCUCUGCAACAUGCUGACUCCUGAGCUUUCACUGUAAACCAAAGUUACACCCCGAUGGAGACGGGGAGGGACUGUUGUCAUGCAGGCUUGAAGUUAGUUUCCACCAUUUAUUUAUUUUUGGUCAUAUUGCAAGUGCCCAUUGUAUGCAUACAAGUCUGCUCCAAAGUAGAAUAAUUUGCAUACACACUGACACCCUAUUAUUUAUUCUGUCAGACACACAUGGGAGUGAAAAGGAGUGUAGCAAUAUUAAGUGAUGAGAUUUGUACCAUUUUUUGAAUGUAACUGUAAAACAAAACAAAAAAGAAAAAGGAAUGACUUGAAAAGGAUAAGCAGAAGAGGACUGAUUGAUUGAUGGAUGGAUGACUUGAAAUAUUCAGUGGUUUUAAGAGCCCGUGGCUUCAUGUGUAACAGUUUGCUGCUGAAUGUUUUGGUGUCAUUGAAGCAGUUCCAGUGGCUGCCAUUUGAGCUCAGACUUGAAUGCAUGUUCCUGACAAGGCCAUAGAACAGUCCCCCUAUGAAGUGCUGCAAAGCACCUAAAUAAUCAUAUUUUCACACAUCAGGUUCGUCAUACAGCUUUUCCUGCAUUCACUGCUGCUCAGGCACUUGUGCUAAAUGUGCAGGUUGCUUCCAUUAGAGUUUGAGUUUGGGUAUUGCAUCUGGACCAAUGAGUGAUUAGUGGGAUGAAUGGAUGGCUGUGAUACUGACCUGCUGUGAUUCUUAAUGAUUAAGGGACUAAAUAAGCAGUGUUUUUGUUUUGUUUUUUUCCUGGUGGCAAAUAAAUGUAUUUAACAAUCAUUUAAGUACUUGGAUUGUGAACAGUGAGCACGUCUAUAACAGAAUGACUGUUUAAAUUAAGGAAUUUUGAGGAUUUUUUCUUUAUUUCGAAAUGUCACAACAGCAUUUGGAACCUUUCAUUCAGCAGGUUUGUACUGUUUAGUUAAAUGCUAAGCAUUUUAUGAGUACUUUGAGUAAAAUCUUAGACACAUUUCCAUUUCGAACAGUGGGUACAAACCCACAGUACACUGAUGCUGCUCAAUGCUUCAGGGCAGUUUGUAUUUUGUCAAAAUCAGACCAUUUUCAGUAUUUAAAAAAAACACAAAAAAAAAAACAAGUGAUGAGACUGAAGCCACAAUGAGAUGGGCUUUGUGUGUGUGUGUGUGUGUGUGUGUGUGUGUGUGUGUGUGUGUGUGUGUGUGUGUGUGUGUGUGUGUGUGUGCUUCAAUUCAUCUGAAUGUAAGUUAUGACAAACAGUAAUCUGCUGUAGGGCCAUAUGUUUGUGUACAGUACGUUGAUUUAACUUGUUUGUGUCGACCUCAUAAAAGGGAAUUGUUAUUGCAUUGUAAAUUACGCAACACAGAUGGUCAUGCUAACUUAACAAAAUCUUUUUAAAAAGUAUUUGAGUUUAUAUUGGGUAAAGAAGGGGAAAAAUCCUUUUUUUUUUUUUUGGUC